AUGCCCAUCCCACCAGGCCAUGUAGGCAACCUGUCGCCAGAUCAAGAAGCCAAACUACGCGAAUUCUGGGCGGUCGUUCUGAAAGUCUUCGGCGUUGAGAACCCUCAUCAUGUCGGCGGAACAGAGACACCUUUGACCGAGGAUGCAAAUUCCAUGUCUGAAGCAGAUGCCAAAGAAAAAAAGAAGCCGAAAAAGCGAUUGGGUCUGUUUAGGAAACACGACGAGAAAGAGUCUAGUAACGGCGCCAUCACUCCCACGAAGGAUCCAAGCGCACACACAGAGGCCGAUGAUAAGUAUGGACAAGUCAAGGAGUAUCAACAAAUUCUAGCCACCUCAAGCCCCGAAUCCUUGCGGACCACUUUCUGGAGCAUGGUCAAGGCCGACCAUCCCGACAGCCUUCUACUAAGAUUCCUUAGAGCGCGGAAAUGGGACGUGGACAAGGCUUUGGUCAUGUUGGUCUCUACCAUGCGAUGGCGGAGCCAGGAACAGCAUGUCGACGACGAUGUAGUGUUUAAAGGUGAAGGGGGUGCUUUGGAAGACUCGAAUUCCAGCGAUCCGGCUGUCAAAAAGGAAGGUGAGGACUUCUUGACCCAAUUAAGGUUGGGUAAGAGCUUUCUGCACGGUGCAGACAAGGAAGGACGGCCGUUAUGCUUUGUCCGAGUUCGGUUGCACAGAGGUGGAGAACAGACUGAGCGGAGCUUGGAACGUUAUACAGUCUAUGUCAUUGAAACCGCUCGACUAGCGCUAAGGCCUCCGGUUGAGACUGCUUGCAUAGUAUUCGACAUGUCUCAUUUCACCAUGGCAAAUAUGGAUUACACACCUGUUAAAUUCAUGAUCAAAAUCUUCGAAGCCAACUACCCUGAAUCGUUGGGUGCAGUGCUGGUUCACAAAGCUCCCUGGAUCUUCCAAGGAAUAUGGAAAAUAAUUCGAGGUUGGCUCGACCCUGUUGUUGCUGGUAAAGUGCACUUCACAUCCAGCGUGGAGGAUUUGGAAGAAUUCAUUCCCAAAUCCCAAAUCAUUAAAGAAUUAGGAGGCGCCGAGGACUGGGAGUAUCAAUACGCAGAGCCAGUUCCCGGCGAAAACGAUGCAAUGAAGGAGGAGGCGCCACGAAAAGCACUCGAAGAAGCACGAAACAUCGAGGUGCAAAACUACCAAAAGAAAACAUAUGAAUGGAUCGCCAAAGGGACCGGCCCCGAGGCAGAACAAACCAAAGAAGAGCGGAACACUAUCGCCAAAUCGCUGAACGAGAAUUACUGGAAGUUAGACAAGCAUAUCAGAGCAAGGACGUAUUAUGAUCGCACAAACAUGAUCGCCCCGGACGGGAAAAUCAAUUUCUACCCACCGGCCCCAGGCGAGGGAAUCAACGAAAAGGUAGAACCGGCGACAGUGAAAGCACCGCCGCCAGUUGCAACAGUCGAGUCAAGUCCCGAUGAUGUAGAUUAG